CCCGUCACGAUCGGGUAAUGACACUGAUGGCGAGUCAAAAUGGCGGAAAUGACGUACAAAUGCCGCGGCAUAAGCGGAUGUGACGCAUUUUGCAUGUGUCGUGGUUAGAUUGCCGUGUAUUCUUGGUAACAGGGACAAAAACAUACAGCUGUCCAGUGCUGGACUGAGGAGGCAUUUGCCUGCAUCUGCAUCUGUGCGUUUCACCCAAUUGUCUGGCAAAAAUGGAUUUCCAACAUCGAGCUGGAGGAAAGACUGGCAGCGGAGGGGUGGCGUCCUCCUCUGAGAGUAAUCGGGACCGACGGGAGCGUUUACGCCAGCUGGCUCUGGAGACCAUUGACAUCAAUAAAGAUCCUUACUUCAUGAAGAAUCAUUUAGGAUCAUAUGAAUGCAAACUUUGCCUGACGCUUCACAACAACGAGGGCAGCUAUUUAGCCCAUACACAAGGAAAGAAACAUCAGACUAAUCUAGCACGGCGAGCUGCCAAAGAGGCCAAAGAAGCUCCUGCUCAGCCAGCUCCAGCUAAAGUGAAGGUUGAAGUCAAGAAGUUUGUAAAAAUUGGUCGGCCUGGAUAUAAAGUAACCAAGCAGAGGGAUCCAGAGUCUGGGCAGCAGUCUUUACUUUUCCAGAUCGACUACCCAGAAGUUGCAGAAGGCAUUGGACCCAGGCAUCGUUUCAUGUCCGCGUACGAACAGCGCAUUGAGCCCCCAGACCGCCGUUGGCAGUACCUGCUGCUUGCUGCGGAACCUUAUGAAACUAUCGCAUUUAAGGUUCCCAGUAGAGAAAUAGACAAAGCAGAGAGCCGCUUCUGGACUCACUGGAACCGAGAAACUAAACAGUUCUUCUUGCAGUUCCACUUCAAAAUGGAAAAAGCUCUUCUACCUGCCACUGGUGCCCCGCCACCAGCUGGUAUGAAGCGUCCUCCACCACUCAUGAGUGCGGCGCGCCCACAGAAUGAGUCGGUGCCCCCACCUCCGGGUGGCAUGAUCCUUCCCCCUGGUGCCCCCGGUACUCCUCAAAUGCCCACUCAGAUACCCAUGCCACCAAUGCCAAUGAGGCCGCCACCCCCUGAGGCCAUUUCUAUUGCUAACAAUUAAUUGUGUCCCAGCUGGUUAUUUUUCUGAUUCUAGUGUUCUACAUUUAAAAGCAAACUCAUUUUUAAGAUUUUGUAAGUAAAUAUUCUUGGGAGCAAAACCAUUCGUCUGUAUUAGUCUUCUCUUCGGGUCAAAGGUCACAAUGGUCAGAAAAUGAAUUUUGGGUCAACUCAUGAACUAAUAUAGGGAUUAUUAUUACACUUGCAGGAUAUGUUACCAAUGUGAAACAAAGGUGAUAGAAUUUUGGGGUAAUCGGGUCAAAGGUCACAUAGGUCAGAAAAGGAAUUUUUUCAAUAACACACUUUAUAUUUAAAGGGAGUGCCCACUUUACCAAAAUUGGCAAUGCUUUGAAUUUGACUGCUUUGGCUGAAAUUUGCGCCGUCUUCUUCUAGUUGAAAAAUAAUUUAAACCCUUUCGGCCUCAUAAACAGUGAUAGACGUCCAAUAUUUUUGAACUGGUGGGGCCGGCAGCAAAUGAAAGUUCAUUAUCUUCUAGCCCUCCCAGUUCAAAUGGAUUGGACGUCUAGUGACAAACUACUUUAAAUUCACGGCUGAAGGAUGAAAAGAGUCACAUGAUUGGGCAUUAUUAUAUUCAAUGAAACAGUUAAAUGUCAAAAGUAUGUUCAACCAAAAGACUAAUGAUUUUUGAGCUCAUGUUCAGAAAAAGACUAAAGCACUGAAGUAGCACUUUUGAUCGCUUUUAUUCAAAUUUUCAAUCUGUAGAAGUGGCUAGCUGUUUGCGCUUGUUUUUUUUUUUAAUGGAACUAUUGAAAACACAACAAUACAGGUCAUUUUAUAGAUUUUGUUUGUAAAAUUUUCCUAUUCAUUCUUUCAGUCUUCUUUUCCUUCAUCUUCACCAUUGUUGGAUCCCACCACCACCUCAUCUUCCGCUCUUUCCUCAUCUCCAUCAUGUAUCUUCAGUAGGUCCUUCUCUUUCUCAUUUUUAGCCACUUGAGCUUUUUUGGCUCUCCUCGUUUUUAAAGUCCCCUCUCUCUUCUUCAUGAGUUUUUUGUCUGGCACUGGUUUGUUUCGAAGACUCUUCAAGCUUUGGGCUGCCUUUCCUUUCCGCUUUACGGUAUUUUCGUCCUCUUCGUCGUCGACAUCCAGGUCCGGCAGCCACCAAAACAAAACUUCCCAAAAGGAGGUUUCAGGCUGGGAACAAUUAAUGUGUGUUUUAAUAAUAGACAGCAAAAAUAAACUGAAAAGUGCCACAUAGAUAUUACAUAGUCAUGCAUAGGCCUGUCGCGAUAACAAAUUUUGGUGGGCGAUAAAUUUUCUCAUAAAUUA